AUGAAUGCAACUGGCCCGCCCCAGUAUAAGCGGCUACAGGCUCUGCGGACGGUGUUAGGACUUGAGACCUCGCAUGUUGAGACGUCUCGCAUAUACUACGCCGUGGGGACGGAGAAACAUGAUAACGCACAGCGUGAUGAUGGCGAUCCAGCGGCCAUAGAUCAUUCCGGUACAAGCCCCAGCCUAAUGGCGGACGGUAGCGAGGGGGACUAUGGCCAAGGGCAGGUCUUCCCUCUUCUAGAUGAGUACAACUAUCUGAACGGGUGGAGUAAGUGUAACGUUGCCGUUCUCUCAACUAGACUGACGCAAAUCAGCGCUUUGGAGUCUAGCAUGAGGGAGCAGAAGCAGUGGAAUCGGGAUAUUGAGGAGACAGUGGACCAAAUCCACCGGUCCUUAUUUGGCAGCGGCACCAAAAGUGGUACAACGCGCGGCAAGGCCACCAACUCUUGACGACGAGAAUAUCCG